CUCCUUGCACAAAAUAAGAACAAAAAAAUGGCUGGAAAGCUUUUCCCGUUUCAUGCUCUUUCAUUGUUUUUUGUUUUGUUUAGAAGACCAGGAAACCCACUCUCUUUCCAGGGAAAGCUCAUCAGCAACCCCCGUGCAAAUACCCAGUUGAAAUUUCAAAAGUACUCCUCUCUUGUCCACAGGCUGCCCAGGUUUUCAGACUAUGCUUUGAUUUUUCAUAUGGAGGGUGCACUGCUGAGAUCAUCUUCACUCUUUCCUUGGUUCAUGUUGGUGGCUUUUGAAGCUGGAGGGAUCUUAAGAGCUCUUGUUCUGUUUCUUUUGUACCCUCUUAUUUGCCUUCUUGGUGAAAAGCCGCAGCUUGAAGCAAUGGUCUUUAUAUGUUUUUUUGGCAUCAGAAAGGAAGAGUUUAGAAUUGGGAGAACUGUUCUGCCCAAGUUCUUCCUAGAAGAUGUUGGGUGUGAAGGCUUGGAGGUGGUGUUGAGAUGUGGGAAAAAGGUGGGGGUGAGUGACUUGCCUAGAGUUAUGGUGGAAGGGUUCUUGAGAGAUUACCUAGGGGUUGAUUUUGUGGUUGGAAGAGAGUUAAAGGUUGUCUGUGGGUAUUUUGUGGGUCUAAUGGAGGAAAAGAGGAGUGCAAUUGCUUUGAAUGAUAUCUUUGGAGACAAGAAAACAGAUUCUUCUACAAUCGGUAUUGGUUCCCUGAAAACGUCUCUUGAUGAACAACUCUUUUUACGUUGUGAGGAGGUUUACAUGGUGACUGAAGCUGAGAAGAGUAUCUGGAAGAUCCUCCCAAAGGACAAGUACCCAAAGCCAUUGAUCUUCCAUGAUGGAAGAUUGGCUUUCAGGCCAACCCCUCUUUCCACCCUAGUCAUGUUCUUAUGGCUCCCUCUCGGGUUCUUCCUUUUCAUCACCAGAGUCUUUUUUGGCUUACUAUUGCCUUACAACCUCUCCUCUCCCAUUCUGGCCUUCACUGGCACCAGAAACACAAUAUCAUCGUCGGCACCCCAUACUGCAACCAUGAACAGUGAAGAAAAUAAAGCAAGGGGCAUACUCUAUGUAUGCAACCACAGAACCCUUCUUGACCCAAUCUAUGUGGCAGCUACUCUCAUGAAAAAUAUCACUGCUGUUACUUACAGCCUGAGUAAGCUCAACGAGGUGAUUUCCCCGGUCCGGACCGUCCGGCUAACCCGGGAAAGAGAGAGGGAUGCAGGGACAAUUGGAAGAGUGCUUCAACAAGGACGUGACCUUGUUGUUUGCCCUGAAGGAACCACUUGCAGGGAACCAUUUCUGUUAAGAUUUAGCCCUUUAUUUGCAGAGAUGAGUACUGAGAUCGUCCUGGUAGCGAUCGAUGUUAAGGUUAGCAUGUUUUAUGGCACAACUGCAAGUGGGCUAAAAUGUUUAGACCCAUUCUUCCAUUUUCUGAAUCCAUAUCCAGUCUAUACCCUCAAGAUACUUGGGAAGUUACCGGCGUCCAUGACAUGUGGUAUUGGUGGAAAAUCAAGGUUUGAUGUAGCUAACCAUGUGCAGGCUGAGAUUGCUAAUGCUUUAGGAUUUGAGUGCACCGGUCUUACAAGGAGGGACAAGUAUAUGAGCUUGGCUGGGAAUGAGGGGUUUAUAUAGAAAACCAAAUAUAUAGGACCAAGACCUGUAGUUGGAUAUACAUACUUACAUACAUAUAUAUAUAUAUAUAUAUAUAUAUAUAUGGAGAGAGAGAGAGAGAGAGAGAGGUACUAGUUGCUGUUUGUUCCUAAGAAAAAUACUUUCAGGGAAAGAGUGAUUUUUGGGUUUUAAACUGGUAAAAAGGCCUUGGGUUGGUUCCUUUGUUGCCUGCUGGUUUUAUAUGUAUAUUUUGUAGCACUUGGCCUUUGCCUUUAUUUGUCUUAUGUGCAUCAAAGUUGAUUAUUAUUAUUAUUAUUAUUAUUAUUAUUA